UAGACAAACUUUGAUUGAUUCGGUCGCGAUACGUCGUGGAAAGAGGACCUGUUUGUGUUGAAAAGUGUUUCCGUUUUUUCCUGCUAGCCAGUUGUAUGCUGCAACCGCGUCGUCCGUGCCGUCGCUACGGUUUCAAUACGAAAGGAGGUCGAAGUAUAUAUUUUUUUGUAUCGGUCGCUUUGGAUUAUAUCCCACUAUUUGAAAGUGCGAGUGCUUCUCUUGUGAAAAUAUUGCGAUUUCACAGCACUCAAAUCCCUGACGCGAGGAUCAUAUCGUGGCAAGUGACAAAAGGCUUGGAUAGAAGGUGCCCAUUAAAUUAACAAAAGUAACUAUUGUACCGUCAAGUGUUUCAACUGGUUCGUAGUUUUUAUCACGAAUUGAAGGAAUUUUUCACUUUACUGUGCGAAACAUAGCAGCUCAAUUUUAUGGUUAUCUUUGUAGAUCAUUCACGCGAUCAGUGUAAUCAGUAUAGCCUCAGUGUAGCCUCUGCAGUCUGAUUUAAUGUUCAAUAAUUUAGAAUUAGAAAUCAAAAUUAUUAAAACAAACACAUUCGUGUAGGUGAAUGUAAAAAUUCCUAAAGAAUAAUCGAGCUUCGCACCCACACAAGUCUUCUCGAUCGGUAGUGGAAGCGCAGGUGGAAAAGAGUGCAGAAAAAUCACUUAGCACGCGAGAAAUAUCGGGGUUUUGUUCAUCUAUAGCUGUGUAGUAUUGACACACAUAUACAAAAUACCGUUUCUUGAAUCGCGCGAUUGUGCAAGAAAGGUGUCGUCCGUGAAAGAGCGAGUUAAUGGUAAAUAUUAAAGGAAACACGAGCUGUGAUUGAUAUUCCACCAUUUAUCGGCAUCGGUCUGACGGAUUACCAUUUUCGGGUGGAACCACCACUAGCAGCGGCAAUAUAAAAGAUCAUUUGCUGAUUUUCGGCGCACCCAACCCAGCAGAUUAACAUCAUCAUCAUGGAGUCGAUGGAGUAUGAAAUGGCACGCAAUAUGACGCUGUUGUUCUUUCUCGAACGGCUGCUGGAUCGCGGAGAGCCCCGCACACUGCACGAUCUGUCGUGUCAGUUCGGUGCCCGAGGAUUCACCAAGGAAAUGAGACAGAUCGCCGGUGGCAGUCAGUCAGGUCUCAAAAAGUUCCUCUCCCAGUACCCAGCGCUGUUCGAGAUCAACGGCGAUUUUGUCCACAUCAACAGCUACACAUCGAGCAGCGUGGACGAUUCGUCGAUUCCGGGCAAACGCGACUACAUCCAGGAGGCGAAAGACUACUUCAAACACAAACUGCUCCAGUACGGCAAAGGCACUGAGGUACCGAUUCGUAGCUUGCUGGGUCACCGCAGUCAGGCGUCACCCCAGGUGCGACACAUAUCCGGUCAGCACAUCCGCGAGUUUACGGAAUUUCUGCUCAAACAUCCGGACACAUUUCACGUGGUGGACGGAGAGAAUGUUGUGCUGGUUGGGUGCGAGAACGAAGAGGACGUGCCGGCUUCGGAACGGUUGCAUCUUCCGAACUCAUUCAUCGACACACAAGCCACCCAGCAGCUGCUGGACUCAUUUGCUCAAGUGAUAGAAGUUAAGGGCCCUAUUAUAGUCGAUCAGCUCUUCCACAUGGUGACCUCGAACUUCCCGCAGGAACAGUGGUUCCAUAUGUUCAAGAACCCUAGUGAUUUGAAAACAUUUCUGAAGCUAUUUUCAGAUUGCUUCCAUAUCCAAUCCAAUCUAGUCACGCUAUUGCAAAAGCCAAAGCUGUCCGAUUCACACAUUCGGCAAGCUCAGGAUAAGCUGAAUCUUUCCAAUAGCACAUUUGGCCCGGGCAGCACUGGCACCGGUAGUGGCGGUAGUGCCAUUGGCAGUGCGAACGGUAGCGGUAACACAAGUCGGACAGCCUCACCGAAAAAUUUAAUAGGAGAUUUUAAACUUAACGAACCGGUAUCGGUCGGAAUCGGACCGAACAAUCCGACCAAUGUACUGAAUAACAUAAAAAACGAACCCACCAGUGGUUUCGAUAGUUUGCUAAUCAAUAACGAUUUUAAAAUGGAAAACCUUUGCUCCAAAAAUUGUCCCUCGUUAGCAAAUGCUCCUUACUUAAAAAAUCAACUACUGCAGCAGCAGCAGCAACAACAACAACAACCACAGCAGUAUACGACGGCCAAACCAGAAGUCAAUCCCGCUAAUGCCACGGAAAAAGCAAACCUCAUAAACAACAAUCCGGCUGUGAAUCCGAAAAAUCAAACUCUAAAACAGCGCAUCAACAGUUUGGUGAUCAAAACACUAGCGGAAAAUUUAGAAAAAGAUAAGCAAUCAAUGUCUGCCAUUCAGCAAACUCAUCACAGUAUUGCGGUCGGUCCCGGAGGCGGCGGAACGCAAGGAAACAAUAACCAAUCGCCUCACCCGGUGUCGCCAACGCCGACCAGUCCGGUGCAUUCGAACAACUACUUCAUCGGAGACACUUGGAAAAUCAAAGUUCUUCAAAACACACGGGUGAUUUCGACCGUCAAGGAGUCCCUGUUCGUCACUCAGGCCAUUUUGAAAUCGGCUUACGAAGAUCAGGCGGUCAUAUCGUUCGACUGCGAAGGUAUAAAUCUGGGCGUACGGGGACAGAUCACCAUAAUUCAGCUGGGAACGACUCGAGGAGAAGCGUUCAUUUUCGACGUUGCCACUUGCCCGGAUAUGGUCGCGCACGGUGGCAUCAAGGAGAUUCUCGAGGCGGAAAAAGUUAUCAAGGUCAUACACGACUGUCGGAACGAUUCGGUCAAUCUGUAUAACCAGUUUCAGAUCCUACUGCGGAAUGUGUUUGAUACACAGUCUGCCCAUGCCGUGCUGCAGUUCCAGGACCAGGGUAAGCAGGUCUAUAAAGUGAAGAACGUGUCACUUAAUACCUUAUGCGAGAUGUACAAUGCUACCGUUAAUCCGAUGAAGGAUCAGCUGAAGAAUGUAUAUCGUAGGGAUCAAAAAUACUGGGCCCGGAGGCCACUGACUCGAGACAUGCUCCUGUACGCCGCGGGAGAUGUGCUCAUAUUGAUCAACGAACAACUCUACCUCAAUAUGGCAUCUUCCAUUAAACCUGAAUACCGAGAAUUACUUUCGGAAUUGUCUACUGAGCAGAUUUUAAUGUUAAUCCGCCCAGUUGACGUCAAAAUGCGCAAGAAGCAGCGCAAAGUUCGCUCCGAAAUCCAGGAUCUUAAAGUCAAACUCAAAGGUGCCAGCAAAAAUGUGGUGCUAAGCAAUCGAGAGAUACGAUUAUUAAGAUACAUGGAUCUAACCGAGGAUGAAAAGGAGAAGCUAAGAGUAUCCUACAAAGUGGCCAAAAAGCUAGACAAAUUGGAAAACUUUGACAGGGAUCGUGGCGACGCGAGCGAUUCCGACGACGAGUGCGAUGUGGCGGAACAGGAGUACCAAAGUCUGGACAGUGUCCCAUCGGACAACUCGCUGCCGGGCUCGGGCACGGGUGGACCCGGUACAUUUUCCCCGAAAAACUCGGAACCACCGAGUUUGACCGAAUCGAUGCAACUGAUGGACGAAAUUCUUUCCAACACGACUAUGGAUCGGAUGGCUAAAAUCGACAAACUCGAAGCAAUUCUUUCCGCUGCUACACUGCUACCGAACGACCAGUCUUUCACUGAGACAAUGAACAAUUUUAAUUCCAAUACUAUAGUAGUAACUAACGAUAAUAUUCUGCAGCCGGCGAAAAAGGAGGAACCGAAAGGAAGAUCAUCCAAACCCAUCAUUGGUGGUGGGGGGACUUCCUCCACCGGCAGCACCUUCACUGGUGGUGCCUCGAAGGUUUCGUCCCGUCUGCAUCAGCACGGGACUACACCGCCACCAUCGGCAACAUCCGCACCGAUGGCACCGAAAGCCGAAACUAAAGAGGCUGGAUGUCAAACGCUGAGCACUGGGGAUAUUGUUAUCACAAAAAUUUUCUUCAAAGAAGAACUAGACAAAAAGCCGGAAAAAAUGAUCACUUCAACGACGAAACGGAACGGUGAAACGAUGCAACAGCAGCAACAACAGGUGCAGGCCUGAAAGUGGACGAGAGGACGAUCGCGACCGAUCACACGAACCACCGGCGGUGGUUUCGUUGUCCACCAAGGCCACAAACGUUGUGAAUAGGUUUGGUUUUUCUUGUGUUUGUUUUUGGACAAGUUUUUUUUCAGUAUGGAUAUCAAAUAUCUGCUAAGUAGCGAGUAUGCGAGGCGAACAUUUGUUUUUUUUUUCAGAAGAGCGAGUGAACACGAAAGAAUGCAGCAGAAGAGCGAAGCAAUAAUUUAUGAGUUAAAUACGUAUAUAUUUUUUAAUAACAAGAAAUAACCGUAUUUAUGAGAAGAAAAAAAACUAAGGUAACACCGGUAAGACUAGGAGAAAAGUUAUAAAUUGUACAGUAACUAUGAAGAUUUGUAGAUUUGAGACACGGUCAAUGAACCAUUAUCAAUAUUAGUUUUUGAUAGUAAUAUAUUUAAACGAGGAGGAAAUUGUAAGCAUAGCUAAACUCUUCCAUGAACCACUCAAUGGCGAGGAUUUUUUUUUGUGCGUAGCAAACAGACAUAGGAUAGUAAACCAUUUUUACUCCUACGAUAGUUAACAAUGGAAAAGUAUAAAGUGAAAUGUUAGAUGAAAUUUGCUUCUAUUAUACACUAGUUAGAAAGGUACUAACUUUAAUUGCAUAUUUGAUGAACUUUGUGAAACAUUUUCAUAGAACGAAACUGAAGAAAAGUUUAUAUAACGAAAAUUCUAAUAAAAACCGCAAAAUAUUCUAACAAUAUAUUUAAAGAACGAUGCAAAAAAAAUAGAAAAACAAUAAAACCGAAGAACAUAAUAUUA